CAGGAGGCCAGUGCUGUGAGCUUAGUCCUUCCGCCUUCGGAAUCAGCCACUGGGAAUUCAGAUCUCCUUAAUAAUUUCCCUCUCCGUUGAGAAGCUGAAGCCCUUAUUGCGGAAACCCCGUUUCCUUUUCUCCAGCAUGUCAGAAAGCUGGCAACAGCAGCCGCCCCCUCCGCAACAGCCACCGCACCAUGUUGGGACAGCUGCUCUCCCGGAGCAUUCCAUCCCGUCGAGCGCUGUGGGCGAGAAUCCCUUGGGCUGUGCUGUGUACGGCAUCCUGCUCCAGCCAGAACCCAACAGCCUGCAGCACCACCCGCCUAUCCCUGUCAGCAGCGGGGAACCCUCUGCCAAAUGCGGGGUGUGUGGCCAUGACUUGGCCCACCUCUCUAACCCCCAGGAGCACCAGUGUCUGCAGGGGAGCCACGACCGGUCCUUUCAAUGCACCCAGUGCCUAAAGAUCUUCCACCAGGCCACGGACCUCCUGGAGCACCAGUGCUUGCAAGUGGAACAGAAGCCAUUUGUCUGUGGAGUGUGCAAGAUGGGCUUCUCCCUCCUCACAUCGCUGGCUCAGCAUCACAAUGUCCACAACGGCAGUGCUGCCGUCAAGUGCUCCAUCUGUGAAAAGACCUACAAGGCAGCUGCGGCUGUGGCGGCGGCACCCGAGGAGCCUGCAUCACCCCAGCAACCGGCGGCGCUCAACCGGGCCCCUGUGGAGAAACCUUACAGUUGCCCCAUCUGCCAGAAACCCUUCAAGCACCUCUCGGAGCUGUCACGCCACGAGCGAGUGCACACCGGGGAGAAACCUUACAAGUGCAGCCUCUGCGACAAGAGCUUCAGCCAGUCCUCGCACCUGGUGCACCAUAAGCGCACGCACAGCGCCGAGCGGCCUUACAAAUGCACAGUGUGCGAGAAGGCCUUCAAGCACCGCUCCCACCUGGUCCGCCACAUGUACGCCCACUCGGGCGAGGCGCACCUUUUCCGCUGCAAUGUCUGCGAGCUGCACUUCAAGGAGUCGUCGGAACUGCUGCAGCACCCCUGCACCCCCAGUGGCGAGCGGCCCUUUCGAUGCGGUGCCUGCCACAAGGCGUUCCGACGGCCUUCAGACCUCCGGCAGCACGAGCGCACACACAGCACUGAGCGCCCCUUCCAGUGCGACCUCUGCCAAAUGAGCUUCAAGCAGCAGUAUGCGCUCAUGCGCCACCGCCGCACGCACAAGACCGUGAGUCCCACAACCUCCACGGAACAAGAGCCGCAAGCGCCCCCAUUCAAGUGUUCCUUGUGCGAGAAGGGCUUUGUGCAGCCGGCUCAUCUGCUCUACCACCAGCAUGUCCAUGGCAUCGAGAACUUGUUCAAGUGCAACGCCUGCCAGAAGGGCUUCAGCCAGUCCUCGGAGCUGCUGCGCCACCGUUGCGUCCAGAGCGCCGAGCGGCCAUUCAAGUGUGCCGUGUGCAGCAAGGCCUAUAAGCGGGCUUCUGCCCUCCAGAAACACCAGCUGGCCUCGCACUGUGCAGAGAAGCCCCUCCGCUGCACCCUUUGUGAGAGACGCUUCUUCUCCUCGUCAGAAUUUGUGCAGCACCGCUGCGACCCUGCCCGCGAGCGGCCCCUCAAGUGCCCGGACUGCCAGAAACGCUUCAAAUAUGCCUCUGACCUGCAGCGCCACCGGCGGGUUCACACCGGGGAAAAGCCCUACAAGUGCCCAGCUUGUGAGAAGGCUUUCAAGCAGCGGGAACACCUGAACAAGCACCACGGGGUCCACACCCGGGAGCAACACUACAAGUGCAUGUGGUGCGGUGAGCGCUUUCUAGACCUGGGCUUGCUGCAGGAGCACAGUGCGCAGCACACGUCUGCUGAGAACACCUACCCUGUUGCGCCCUGCCUGCCUUGACCAGCUGCCCUGGAUGGUUGAUGGGCUGUACCAAAUUUCCGCCCACCCCCAUUUUCAAGCUGGAUGAACCCUGCCAGAUGCUUCGCAUCCUUGGGAAACAUGUUCCUCCAAUACACAAAGUAGGGUGUGUGAGUGGGGUGGGGGUUGCUGGGGGAGUGGAAAUAUGUAGCUGAAGCAGGUGGUCAUCUUGUCUGCCGGGCUUGACCAUUCAUAGGUUGUGUCAUUGCCCUCUAUGUCUUCUUUUACUGUUCACUCAAUCAAGUGGUCCCGAGCAGCCUUCCAAAUGGGGGACGAGAUGGGUCUGGAAACCAGUCAUAAGCCAGCCCUGCUUGGCCACUCCCACCACAAGGUCUGUUUUCAGAUCAGAUUGGAAUCUGUGGGCCUAAAACCUGCGUCUCCAAUCCAGCUCCUUUCUUACUGUGAUUCCUUUGAGCGCUGGCCCAGGGAAGGGCAGGACUCGGGAGCCCUUUGCACAGUGGUCUUUUUGCGGUGUGCAAAUGUUGGGGAUGGUGCAGUAAAGCAGGGGAGACAGGCCUGGCUCCUCUUAAGACCUCACCCUCCAGAAAAAGCCCAAGAUCUGUUCUGAAACAGCUGAGGGAGGCAAGCCCGAUAUGGUUGUGUCUCAGCAUCCCCCCCCCCCCAAAUCAAAUUGUUAGGUAGGCAUCUUGGAAUUCCCUCUAAACUCUAGGCUCUUGAGACAUUAGUACUCUGUGUUGGGUUUUGCCCUUCCACCUUGAGCGGCGGCAGAGUGAAAAGCAGGCUUUAGAGCUUAAACUGUGAUAUAACUAGAGCAACAUUCCUCCCCCACAUUAAAUUUAGAGAGAUUCUGGGAAGUGGGUUUUUCCAUGCAGAAUUCUGUUCAGGCAGCAACUACGCCAGCACUGCUAAAUCUGCCACGGAGCAGCCUUCUCUUUGGAGCACAGUUGUGGUGAAUUACGUGAUCUCCAGUGAAAUGAACUGGUGCUGAGAUAGCUGAGCGCCUGCAUACGUUUUCUGGCUGGAGGUCUAUGGGAUUCGUGUGCUCGGAUGAUUUGUUUUCUUGCACCACCUCUGAAUCCGUGGCUCUCACUCAUUGGCUCCAGAGCUACCUGCAGUUGUUCUAAGCACUGUUACCCAAUGUGGCACUAGCCCUGUAUGCCAGCAAAGUCUCUUGCCCGGAAGAGCUUGUGGUUGGUGGAUGGUUCCCACCUUGAAACAACUGCCACUGAAGGAACAGGCAAACUAUGAGUCUCCCGGAGAUGCAAGCUUUAGACCUUGUGCCAAGGCUGGAAGUAACCCUGGUUCCUUUGGUUAAAACUGUGAAUGCAGCUCUCUGCAACCCGUGGAGUGAAUGCCACUGCUCCAAACUGUUAAAUUGGGAGCUGCUCGUAACAGGUGCCCUAAGAAUUAGGCUCUUGGUCCCAUGAACCUGCGUUGCAUCUGUUUGUCGUGGGACACGGCGCUCCUCCAGGAAAGAAAAUCUGCUUGCUUGGGCUUGUUUAUUUAGCCACCGGCUCAGGACAGUGCAGAGGACAGCAACGCAUCUUCGGAAGGAGGCUGGCCGAGGAGUCUUCCCGGAAUAUGAGUAAGCUGGACAGUCUGCUCACUCGCAAGACUCACUUAUUGGAACCUGCAUCUUUCAUGGCACCUCCAAUGUAUAGAACUAACUUUUGGGGGAGUUGGUCUUCAUUGUUUUUCAUAUUGCUUUUUUUUUUUUUUAAAGAAAGAAAGCCGUUUAAUACUCAUUAAAAUCUGUGUGGAUGUCA